AUGAGUUUAGCAUUCGAUGACUAUGGCAGACCAUACAUUAUUUUAAGGGAUCAAGGCCAAAAGAAGAGAAUGAAGGGUUUGGAAGCAUAUAAAAGCAAUAUUUUGGCUGCCAAAGCUGUUGCAAAUACACUUUAAUCCUCUCUCGGUCCAAAGGGCAUGGAUAAGAUGUUGGUGUCUCCAGACGGUGACGUAUCAGUGACAAAUGAUGGAGCAACAAUUGUCGAGAAGAUGGAAAUAUAGCAUCCAACCGCAAAAUUAUUAGUGGAAUUGUCAUAAUCAUAAGAUGCUGAAAUAGGAGAUGGUACCACAGGAGUAGUAGUUUUGGCUGGAAAAUUGUUGGAGCAAGCACUCACUUUGUUGGACAAAGGAAUCCAUCCAUUGAAAAUUAGUGAUGGAUUCGACAGAGCAUGUGAUGUUGCAAUAAAACAUUUGGAAACCAUAUCUGAAGAAAUCGAUAUCCAAGCUAAUGAACAUGAGGCUUUGAUCUAAGCAGCAUGUACAGCCCUUGGAUCAAAGGUUGUGUCUAAAAGAAAGAGAGAACUCGGAAAGAUUGCUGUCACUGCUGUUUUGGAUGUGGCUGACCUAGCCAGAAAAGAUGUGAAUUUGGAUUUGAUUAAAAUUCAAACCAAAACUGGAGGAAGUGUAGAAGACACCAGAUUGAUAUCAGGAAUUCUCAUUGACAAAGACAUGAGUCAUCCACAAAUGCCAAAGGAGGUUAAGGAAGCCAAAAUCUGUUUAUUAACAUGUCCAUUCGAACCACCCAAACCCAAAACCAAGCACAACAUUAACAUCUCCAGUGCAGAAGAUUACAAGAAAUUAUAUUAAUAGGAAUAACAAUACUUUGUUGAUAUGGUCAAGUUAGUCAAAGAUAGUGGUGCCAACAUAGCCUUAUGUUAAUGGGGUUUUGAUGAUGAAGCCAAUCACUUAUUGUUAUAAAAUGAACUCCCUGCUGUUAGAUGGGUAUCAGGAACUGAUGUUGAACUCAUUGCUAUGGCUACUGGAGCUAGAAUCAUUCCCAGAUUUUAAGAAAUCACACCUGAAAAAUUAGGAAAAGCUGGCUCAGUCAAAGAAGUACAAUUCGGAACUUCCAACGAAAGAAUGUUAGUCAUCGAGAAUUGUCAAUGCACCAAGGCUGUCACUAUUCUUAUUAGAGGAGGAAGUCAAAUGAUAGUUGAUGAAGCCAAAAGGUCUAUCCAUGAUGCAAUCUGUGUCAUCAGAAACUUAAUCAAAGAUAAUAGAAUCGUCUACGGAGGAGGUUCUGCUGAAUUAGCUUGUUCUAUCUAAGUACUCUAAUAUGCUGAUGAGGUCUCAUCAGUUGAAUAAUAUGCCAUCAGAUCAUUCGCAGAUGCCUUAGAGGGUAUUCCUUGUUGCUUAGCAGAUAAUUGUGGUCUUAAUCCUAUUACAUCUGUUGCUCAAGCCAAGGCUAGACAAUUACAAGAGAGCAAUCCAAGAAUCGGAAUUGAUUGCAUGGAAUUAGGUACAACUGAUAUGAAAGAAUAGAGAAUUUAUGAAACCUUGAGCUCAAAGAAACAAUAAAUCUAAUUGGCCACCUAAGUCGUCAAGAUGAUAUUGAAAAUAGAUGAUGUUAUUGCACCAGAUGAUUAUUGAGUAUUAAAUGAUAUUAUGUUCAAAAAUUAUGUUAAAUAUUUGUUCUUAUUUAUCUUAUAU